UGGAUCAGUUGAGGGGUGCUACUUGGUUCUCCAAGAUUGACUUGGCAUCGGGGUAUCAUCAGAUCCCGAUAGAUGUGGCAGAUGUCAGGAAGACUGCUUUCAGGACAAGUUAUGGGCAUUUUGAGUUUGUGGUUAUGCCUUUCGGGUUGACUAACGCGCCGGCAGCCUUCAUGAGAUUGAUGAACGACGUGUUCAGGGAGUAUUUGGACGUGUUUGUCAUCAUUUUCAUUGACGAUAUUCUGGUAUACUCGAGGAGUCAGGAAGAGCAUGCGACUCACUUGAGGUUGGUUCUGAGAAGCUUCGGGAGCAGAAGCUUUUUGCUAAGUUGA